AUGGGCCGGAAGCAUGCACCACAGCCGCUGACGCUGUCUGAAUCUCAAGCCUCCUCCGACCAGCCUGAAGACGUGCCGCGCUCUGCUGAAACCCUCGCCUCUGCCGUUCCUCCAAGCGCUGGCUCUAAAUCGCAAUCCUCUCCCAGAUCUCCGCGCUCUCCCUUUAGGUUCACUCCGAAAAGGCCCAGCGCAAGUGGCAAGCAGUCUCUUCAGUUGACCGACGAGCAUCGAAACUUUCAAGACCAAGACGACGACGACGACCUCGAGCAGUAUCAAGCCAUCUCCUCCGCCCUCCACCGCGCCUCCGAAGACACGCCCCCUCGCCAGCAUCAUCAGCACAACCCCAUCAGCCCUCGUCAACAACAGCACCGCCCCGACGAGCCAUCCCGAAGACCCUCCAAGGCCGCCGGCUUCUUCUUCAAUUUCACAAAGUCUGCCAACAAAUCGUCCCAUUCUCUCGUCUCCCCCGCGCAGUCGCCCUCACACCCUCAGCGCCAGCACCAGCAACACCAACAGAGCCCGAUCCAGUACCCUGACUCGAGAGGCGAAACAGAUCCGUCCUAUGCUGAGCACUCCGUCCAAAAGCCCGCACCCACCCUGCCGUCCCGUUCCGACGUGUCUUUAGCCUCUGCUGCCGACUACGAUACUUCUCCCGCCCAACCCUCCUCGUCCAAGAAGUCCAAAUCGAAGCCAUUUGGUCUCUUGAGCCGCAGCAAGUCGCUUCGCGACAAGGACGGCUCAAGCUCUCGAGACAAGCAACCCAGCCCUGUGCCCGUAACGAUUGUCGAACCCGAACCGUCGCAUACCUCGACGAGCCGUAAUCACUCACUCAACAAUACCAACACUGGACCCGACAGAUCUGCCAGAGAAAUGGUGAACUCUACCGGGCGGAAUCGCUCGGAAGACCGCGCGUCGCCCCGGGAAAUGAGCCACAAGGACAACCAUAGGGAAAAGGACCACCACCCUCGGCAAAACUCGUCUUCGCAAAAUGGUGGCUUUUUCGGAGGACUAAAGAGUGGCAGAGACAUUAUUAGCAACCGGUUAUUCGGCAAGGGUGGCCGUAGUGGAAGCACGACGGAGAGGGAGCCUGUCAUUGACGACGAGCACUACACGCUCAAGACAAUCAACCUGCCUCUCGUCGAACAAACGCGCCGCACACGCAUCUCGAAGCGCUUGGAGGAUUCAAGAGACAAGACGGAGUUUUGGAUGCCAGCGUUCCCGUGGCGCGCGAUCGACUACUUGAACUAUAAGGGCUGUGAUGUGGAAGGCUUAUAUCGUGUGCCUGGCAGCGGGCCGCAGAUCAAGAAGUGGCAGAGGAAGUUCGACGAAGAGUACGAUGUAAACCUCUUCGAGCAGCCGGACCUCUACGACAUUAACAUUAUAGGCUCCAUGCUCAAGGCUUGGCUGAGAGAGCUUCCCGAUGAGCUAUUCCCGAAGGCAGCCCAGGAAAGAGUUGCGAGGGAAUGCGCCGGCUACGAGACUGUGCCCCCACUAUUGGUCGAAGAGCUGUCGAACCUCUCGCCAUUCAACUACUACCUUCUUUUCGCAAUCACCUGCCACCUCAGUCUGCUCCUAGCGCACUCCGACAAGAAUAAGAUGGACUUUAGGAAUCUCUGCAUUUGCUUCCAGCCAUGCAUGAAGAUUGACGCAUUCUGUUUCAGAUUCUUGGUCUGUGACUGGCGCGACUGCUGGAAGGGCUGCAAGAACGAGGCAAAGUUCAUUGAGCAGGAAUAUCAAUUGUUCGACCAGCCACCCCCAAGAGGCCUCUCGGAACCGCGCAAGCCCUCUCGUGAGACGAGCGAGGAGCCUGCAGCUCCUGCAGCGCAGGAAGAACCCAUUCCUACUACGUUGGACGACAGGGCGGGAUCGUUUUCGGAAAGCAGUAAGCAGUCCAGCGCUGUCACCGAGCAUCAGACCAAGGAGAAAGACAGACGGCUAAAAAAAAAGCCCCUCCAACUUUCUGAGUCGAACGGCAGCGUCGCAUCCAACUCGACGAUGGGUACGACGCUGACAAUUGACAGCGGCCGUGAGCCGCGGGGUUCGAACGACUUGCGGCCCUUGUCACCCAUCAAACCUCUUUCACCACUCGGCUUCUAA